UCUCCUCCCGUUUCAGGAAGCUCCAUGGUAACAUAGGACACGGGUCCAAUACACCGAGUGCGCCCGGGACGGAACACCGGCAGGGCUGUGCGGCCGCUGGUAGCUGACCCCGUGGGCACGUUGAGAGCGGCGGCUGAGAAGCGGUACGGGCCCUACGGGAGUGGGUGUGUGACCCGUAGGCGUGUCCAGGGGCGGGGCUUCGUCCAGUCGCUCGGUGUCAGUUACAUUGUGUGUACUGUGUACUAGAAGAACGGGAGUUGGACCGCGGCGGGCUGACACCGAGAGGGCAGACAGCAUCCCGGACAAGCAGCUCCCUGAACCAGGUUGAGAGUGAUCUGAGCGGCGAGGGAUCUCCGGGACUCGUCCUAAGCAGCACAACAAGCUGGGCAGGCCACAGCCCUUCACUGACACCCACAGAGUUACCCGGGCCCAAGCAGCCAGAUCCCCGGCCAUGGAUCAACUGCCCAGCAACCUCCAGGUACUGCUCCAAGCAGCUGAGUACGUCGAGCGAAGAGAGCGGGAAGCAGAACAUGGUUAUGCUUCCAUAUUGCCUUGUGAUACCACCACUCCUGGGAGGAGAAAACGACAGAGAACCAACAGCAAUCCUGACAGCGUUAGGUCUGUUCACAAUGAACUAGAGAAACACCGGAGAGCGCAGCUGCGGAGGUGCUUGGAACAGUUAAAGCAGCAGGUCCCUCUGAGUGUGGACACUUCUCGUCACACAACUCUCAGCCUCUUGCACAGAGCCAAGCAGCACAUCAAAAAGCUGGAGGAUCAAGAGCUGAGAGCGAAGAACCUAAAGGAAAAACUAAGAACAGAGCAACAGAAGCUCCGGCAAAGACUAAAACAACUUCUACCUUCCAAUAGCACUGAACGCAUAAGAGCCGAUAGCCUGGACUCCUCUACCUUGUCAUCAGAAAGAUCGGAUUCUGAUCAAGAAGAUUUGGAGAUAGAUGUGGAAGGGGUAAUCCUGAGCGGAAAUGAGGGAGACCUGUUCGUUUCUUUUAGUGCUGGCAUGGAGCACAGUUACUCAACUCCAGCUCAUGCCUGGUUAUGACGGCAGCAAGCACAAACAGACUUGUACAGCAAUAACACAAGGCAGCGCUUAAUGAAGAUUCCUAGUUAGCAAAUAUCAAACACCCAAAGUACUAUAGAACAGCAACUCUUACAUUGUCUCUCGGUAAAGGCACGGUCCAUUACUCAGAUAACUUCCUUCUAUCAUAGAGGGCACCCAAUGUUUGCCUAGCAUCUUUAUUUCUUCUAAAUAAAGUCUUGGGAGUCCCACUAUGUGGUGACUAGCCAGUAACCAAUCAACACGAGGUAACCCCUCUUACAUUUCACAACAUAGCUCAUUUGCAGCUCAGUGGUCAGGUAGAGUAAAAGACACAUGGCAAGCUGUGCUGUGGAGAAUCCAUGGGACCCAACUGCUUAUAUAUAGAGAAGGUUCUCUCAGCGCUGACCUUAGUUACUGGAACAUUGGAUCUGAAGCCCUUCAUGCAGCACUGGGAGAGAAUUACGUAACCAGCAAUUCACAAGAGUGGUGCCACUGUGAUCACGUAACUUAUUGUACAUAUGUAAAUGCUGGAGCGCCUCUCGCUGCGCCUCUGCGCACUGGUUGCACAGAGCGCUCCUGGACACAUGGGAAGAAGCACUUAGCUAUUUGUGCGCUUGGAGGAACAUCCUGUAAGCACCUGUUUAUUUUUAGAUUCCUAAUAAAGGUGAAGACUUAUGUGAAGAAAGCACACUGUGGGGUUCUCCGGCAUCCACCUACCACAUGGAAUGUGAUAAAGGUGCACCCACUUUUUAGCUAAAACAUUUGAGUCCAUUUAAAAAGAAAAAAACCCAUUACCAUCUCUGGGAGGUGAUUUAAUGUUUACAGAACUGAUAUUAACUUGUAAAAAGUCCCCAAUAUUUCCUGCACUUGCUGAAGAAAAGAAGCAUCAUGAUCAGGCCUGCCUUAGCUGCUGUUCCGUUGACCCUGCAUCUUUAGCUCCAAGGACAAUGAAAGUCACUAUGGGGAUCGGAUAAGACAUGGUAUACCCCUUAAGAACACAGGUGCAACUUGCCUACAUUCCUGACCCCAGCCAACAUUUGUAAUGUAGGAGUGUUUGUUCUGGGGAAAGAGGUGAAAACUUCAAAAUAAGCUUUUGUUUCUUUUACAUAUUUUAUCCUCUAUUUUAGUAAAUGUGUUGUUCAGUAA